UUGUAGAGUGCCUCUGUUGCAGUGAUGGCGGAGGGCAGGAGUGGAGACGAUAUCGUGUCAGAGUUUCUCCAGCAGAACCCUCACCUGGCGCAGUGGGUAGAGUCUCUGGCGGGGGAGAGCGAGACAGAGAAGCAGUGGCGCGCCCGACGAGAGUUCAUCCUCCGUAACAUGGAGGGCUUUCCCACCAUCCAGCCAGGCAGCCCCAGCCCCAGCCUGGACCGGCUGAUCUCGCUGUCCAUGGUCUGGGCUAACCACAUCUUCCUGGGCUGCCGCUACCCCCAGCCAGUGAUGGACAAGAUAACCGAGAUGGCAGAAGGGAUUGCUGUCCACAACGCUCCCACCCACAAGACUAGAGACGAGAUAAUGGGCACGAGUAAAGAUGCCUCCAAGAAGCCGAAACCAGGAGUUGGUUACAGAGCCAAAACUGGGCCUUCGCUACAGGCCCCCAAGGAGCACCAGCCUUUCUUCAACCGGCUGUACAAGGCAAUUGCCUGGAAGCUGGUGUCAGCAGGGGGGUUUGGGCCAAACAUAGACCACUUUGAGAUCCUGCGGACCUGCGUGGAGUCUGCCAAAGCCAGCCUGGGUUGUGUUUUUGUGCCCCUGAAGGAUAUCCCAGACCUGCCAGCAGGCCGGGCCCAGCAGGGGGGGCUGGUGUGUGAGCUGCGCUGUCAAACAGUGUACCUGGGAACCGGCUACGGGCGCGGAGAGGACAGUGCCAGGGCCAUGGCAGCCAAAGAGGCUCUGAAGCUCUUCCAGAGCCGCAAGGUCACGGUAAAGAUCUUCCGCCGGAAGUACAGAGGCCGUGAUGUGGAGGAUUUAGUGCUGCACGAUGACCAAAUGAGGAACUCUAGCUUUCCCCCUGCGCUGAGCUACCCCUUUGAUCCAGAGUAGCAACAGCUGCAGAAUCCAGUCCUUUGGAACAGCAGGAAACACACACACACACACACCUACCUAGAGUUGCAAAGAGCUUACAAGCUCUUCCUUGGGGCUCACUUACCGUUAUGAGGCACAGCAAAUAAUACAAGGCAUUUGUUAAUGCUUUGUAACUCUCUUUGUUCCUCCUUAGAUUUUCCCUGGUUCUAAUUUUAGCCAGGUGUAUCUUGCCAUCUAUUGCACACAGAACACUUACAGCAGACUAGGAGAAGGCAGGGAGUUUUGAUUUCACAUUCCCUUUAACUGUGAUUCCUUUUGAGAAAUAAAGCAGUCAUCAGGAAGAAUUAAUCAACAAAUACUACUUAACUGUAAUGCCUUCCUGUUUACCAGUGGAAAGUGUAAUCCUGGCUGCAGUCGGCUGUUAGUCCUUUGCUGGGCAACUUUUAAUACUCAUGACGGCUGUGAAGAAUUAAGUGAUAUUUCAGCUCCAAUGUUGUAGGAAAGUUUCCCCAGCUUAUCUUAACAUGUAAAUAACAAGAAACUUGUUAUAGUUUUUUUGUUAAUGUAAAAGAGAAGAAGUUUAUGUUUUAACUGAAUGGGAGGGAAUGUUUAAAACCAGACAAAUGUAAAGUGUGUGUGUGUUUUUUUUCUUUUUUUAAUCAAAAUUGGUAUCUCAUUUGGAAUAAGCUACAUCUCCCCUGUACACAUAUUUUGAUGCAUCAGAAUUGGUUUGGUCUUGCUUAAAUGUUUCAGUAAGACUUCUAGUUAAUUUUGAGUGAAUUUAAGUAUUUUUAGAACUAGUUCAGUCUGAAUGUAUUUAUUUUAUGUUUGUAUUUUUUACUUAAGUAUUUAAAUGAAUCCUCUAGAUUUGUUUCUCUUUGGGUACACACUGAGUGAGCCUGUUGGCCACAGGUGAACAGAUUUUCAAGAAAGCUGGACCAUUUUUAGCAGAGCACACAGAUCAGAAGCAUGUGUACCGCUUUCUCAUUUUAAAAUAAAAGGUUUGAUAAACUUCAAGGAUGCUUGGCCUGCAGGUUUACCAAGGUACAUGAGUUCAGCUUCGCCCUUUACUGCUCAGAAACAGCUGCACGCUCCACAAGCUCAACUUCAAAUCCAAGCCCGGCAAAUAAAACACUGGCUCUCUUCUACAUCAACACAUUGUUAUUGUGUUUGCUAUGAUGGGGGGGGGGGGGGUUCAUUACAGAUAACCAAAGAUGCUAAAAGCAUGCACAUGUUUGGACACACAUCAGCAGGUAGAGCGCUAGCUUCAGCCAUUUAACUGCUUGCAUUAACAACAUUGUGGUAAAUGUACUGACCUUUAAACAACGUGUGACGAUGCUUCUGCCUGAUUGAGCAAAUGUAAUCUAAUCUGGUCAGCCUGAGGUGAUAAACGAUGUCAUGCUUAUCAUGUUUGUUCACAGUGCCUGCAUUCAUGAGGCCAGUCUUCUGUAAAUUGUUGUAAACUUUUUUUUUUCCAAGUUUGUAAAUGAACAACAAAACAUUUGUGGGUUUUUUUUUUUUUUAAAUUUUUUUUAAAUUUAUUGUAGAAGUUUUAACAGUGAGGGGAUAUAUAGUGAUGCAGAUUAUUAUUUUUUAGUAAUUAAAUAGUAAAUUAAUUCUUCACGUCCAAUGCUUAGGACAAAGGUGUUACCUGAAGACACAUGAUCCUGUUUACUCUCCUAGGAUAUUGUUUUACCUCUAGAAAAUCUACAGAAUCACCAUUAGAAGGCGCCACAAGCUUAAGAACCAAUACAGAAAAAAAGGAAGAAACAGUUAGAGGCCAUUUAAAGCUGUCACUUUAUGAGACCUUUUGAACCCCAGUUCAUUAAAUUCACUAACGGUGACAGGAGCCGUGUUGCUGUCCCUUGGCAUGAUCUUGUAGCUUUCUGAAGGGAGACGGAGCUGUCCAGCCCUGUUAAUGUCACUGACAGCUGUCCACCUGUUCUGUUGUGCUAGCAGCUAAUAUUAAGAGUGAUGAAGCGGAUGUCUUUAUCGGACUGUCACAGAGCUGAGAUUGUUUUUAAAAUAUUGCUAUUAAUGAACAGAAUGAAGUCCAGCAGCAGUGAAUGUUUCAUUCUGUAGUAACCGCAUGCACAAGGUGACAAGUCAUGGUAAUUUUUUGGUACUGUUGAGCAGAAAUAUAUUCAGCAGCAGAGUGAUAGAAGCUGGCAAGUGGAGGCAUAAGCUGAUGGGCAAUAUAUUGGUAUUCAUGUUAUUACACACAUGAUUUAAAAUACCUGUUGAGUUACCAAUGGGUUUUCCACAGCAGCAUUGCAAGGUAUAGUCACUGUUGACUAACUGAAUUAAGCUUGUAAUACUAAUGACCUCAUUGCAAUGAAUCUGUGGUCUACCUUCACUCGGCUUUCUAGCAUUUCCCAGCAUUUUCUUCUGCAGAGGAAGAGCCCUGACUCGCUUUAGUUUGUAUGUUUGUCAAAUAAAAUAAAUCUUUCAAGGUG